GCUGAGAUAGAAAAAAAAAAGAUAUUUCGUACACUGGUGAUUCCUUUGGUGUACUCGACCCAGCCGCGCACGUAGAACACCGAGAGAAGAAGAAUCAAGGGUGAUCUUGUGUUUUGCAAGCAGGCACGUUUUGCGUCUUGGUGAAACAAACUAAAAAGAGAGUCCAAGCACCACCGAUCGCGCUCCUGAUAGAUUUUUUUUUGGCAACGGGCUUGUUUUUACGUAGACCUUUUUUUUUGGAGUUUGUAGUGCUUCUCUUUUGUAGAAGCUCGCUGCACGAAACCGUCUGGUCAGGCACGGAGCGCAACCCACUUCCGUCCGACACCCCCCACACCCCUGCAAAAGCGUGGAGUGCCACAAAUACAGCACAAAAGACGUUUUGAAUACAGUAGAAUACACAAGGUAGAACGGAAUCGAAAGCAAAUGAAGGCGACUUCUUACGGCCACGGCGCGUACCAUUCUCUCGAAGACCUUCGCGGUGACUGUCUGCACAUUUGCGACCCGGAUUACAGCGCUGACGCAACGGCGGACUCCGUCGUGAAGCGUGCCGCGACGAACCAUCUGAAGGAGGCAAACAACGCUUUUGUCCUCGGCUUCAACGACCUGACCACUUCGGAUGGAAACUUCAAGGAGGUGCAGACUGCUACCGAUAAGGCAGCGAACCUCGAGAAGGAGCUGGCGGCGCUGCUCAAGGAGAAGGCGCGUCUGCAGGCCACCUGCGAUGCGCGCAAGGCCGCCCAAGCUUCCAUGCUGACAGCCACUCCAGAGGAGACGGCCGCCUUUGUCCCCUACGCGAAGCAGCUAUCGGAGUUUCACGAGCACCUCUCCCUCUGCCACUCCGUUUUCAAGGCGGUGCUGACCAAGAGCGUUGAGGACAUUCGCGACGAGAAGCUGAGCCAGCAGGACCAGCGCUUCACCGAACCGCGCUCGUGGGCCAUCAAGCGGGACGUGUUGUACCGCUCCCUCGAGGCGCUGCGCAAGCGAACACGUGAGCUUGGCCUCCCGGUGUCGACCUACAUGGACGAGGACGAGGAUCUCUACCGCGAGGUGAAGGAGCUCGGUGCAGAGGCCGCGGAGCACGUCCGCCAGGGCGAGUCGAUGCGUGCCGAGCGCGACGAGAAGCUGAAAGUGUUCUAUGCCGAGUGCGCGAAACUGACGGCGUGGUGUCGGCAGCAACUCGUGAACUUAGAGGCGAUGCAGGAGCCGGACCACGUGCAGGAGUACUGCGCCACGUUGGUGGAGAAUUACCCGACGAUGUCGAACAACUUCUCCGUGCUGCUGGAUAGCGUGCGUGAGUUUGUCCAGGCCAACAUGGCGCCAGUGCACGCGGCGUUGCUGGAGGCAGAGGAGGUGUGGCUCUAUCUGCAGGUAUCGUCCCUCGAGCGUCUGUCCAAGACGCUGUACGAGAUCCACCCGAAGUCUCCGCUCGAUGUGGAGGUGGACAAGUACGCGGGCUACCCCGAGCACGCCGCAAAGUUUUUGCAGGACCUCGACCGCUUUGUGCAGGCCCAACGCAACGGUACGGUGGGGGCGAGUGAACUCGACGCGCUGCAGAAGGGCUGCGAUGAGGUUCGCACCACCCUCACCGGGGAGUUUGCCGGCCUUCCAAAGGAGGUGCACAGCUUCGCGCAGCGUGCCCACGCGCUCCGACAGGGCUACCAGUGCUUUCGUGAAGCCGUCCUGAGCCGUCUCACGUACAUUAGUCCCGCCACCAACGUCGUGGUCGAGUCGAAGCGUCGCCAGGACGAGUUCGAGGACAGCGUGCGGGAGUUGAAGACGUGGGCCGCUGAGGCGUCGCGGGGGGAGUCGUGGCGCGACAUCUACAGCAAAAUCUCCGAAAUUAAGAGCCUGAUCAAGAGUGAGCAGGACGCAGUGGCGAACAAGCGGGAGCGCACGAUGGGCUCCACGGGUGUCCACACCCCGCGGUCGGCGCGCACGACCCAGCAACUUUGA